AUGGCUUCCACCGGCUCUUCUUCUCCACAAUGGGAGUAUGAUGUGUUCCUCAGUUUUAGAGGCAAAGACACCCGGGAUAAAUUUACUAGCCAUCUAUAUUCUAAUCUGGAACAGGCAAGAAUCGAGGCAUACAUGGAUGAUAGGGAGCUAGAGAGAGGAAAGUCCAUCGAACCUGCUCUAUGGAAGGCCAUCGAAGAUUCAAGAUUUUCAGUCAUUGUAUUUUCAAGAAAUUAUGCUUCUUCACCAUGGUGCUUAGAUGAACUUGUCAAGAUUGUUGAGUGCAUGAAAGAGAUGGGGCAAACUGUUUUGCCAGUUUUUUAUGAUGUGGAUCCAUCGGAGGUAGCCGAGCAGAAAGGGAAUUAUAAGGAACUGUUCAUAGAGCAUGAACAAAAUUUUAGAAAUGAUUUGGAGAAGGUGCGCAGAUGGAAAGAUUGUCUCGCUACAGUUGCCAAUCUCUCUGGUUGGGAUGUACGAAACAGAAGAGGUAUAAGUGAAUGGGAAAGUGCAAUUAAGAGAAUGAUUGACAUUCCUGACGGGAACAUUAUUGAUGUGCUUCCCAUUAGUUUUGAUGGUGAUACAGGGAAUGAUGGGGAGAAGAUGAAGAGGAACAGAGCUGAUGAAAACAGAGAGUUGGAAUAG